AUGGCCGCGGCAAGCUCCAGAGACCCUUAUUCGAACCCUCCCUUAGACGAUGAUGACUUGAUCGAUCCUGAUGAUGCCGAUCUCAACGACUUCGAUGACCCCCUUGGAAAUACAUCAUCUCGUCAGCCCCUGACGGGCAAUAUCGGCUCAGCACCCGGAGCCUCAUCAUCGCGCCCCUUGAACGAGAGCGCGUGGACGUCGCGGAUACCUGGCGAAGAUAGACAGACUCCUCAGAACACGAUUGACGAGUCUGUUUGGGAUACGCUUCGCCGCGACCUUCUCGCCAUCUGGGCUAAAAUGCGCGAGGUGCUCUACCCCAAGUACCUGCUGGGCGGCACUAUGUUUGAUGCCGACGGACUUCGGGGCGCAUAUGCCAAUAUCAGAGGUGCUGGAUUCUCCGGAGCGCGCGACGAGAUUACAGGUCUUGCAAGCCGCUUCAUGGACUCUGAAGCUCUCCUGUCGCAGAACACUAUGACACCGGGGCUCAUGGACUGGGACCUUUGGGGUCCUUUGAUCUUCUGCCUGCUUCUCAGUCUUCUGCUCAGCUUCAACGCCUCUCCCGAUCAAAAGGACAUCGUCUUCAGCGGCGUUUUCGCCAUGAUCUGGAUUGGGGAGGCGGCUGUCACGCUGCAAAUCAAGCUGCUGGGUGGCAACAUCUCAUUCGCGCAGAGCGUUUGCAUCAUCGGCUACACGCUGUUUCCUCUCGUCCUUGCGGCAAUGCUGUCUGCGAUCGGAAUACCCACGAUUGUCCGCGUGCCUGUGUACCUGGUCCUCGUGGCAUGGUCGCUGGCUGCCGGCGUUAGCAUCCUGGGCGGCAGCGGUGUGGUCAAGAACAGGGUUGGUAUCGCUGUGUACCCCUUGUUUGUAUUCUAUCUAUUCCUUGGCUGCCUCUGCUUUAUCAGCUAA